GGAGAACUGGAGAAGUUAAAUCAGUCAACCGAUGAUAUCAACAGACGGGAGACGGAGCUUGAGGAUGCCCGUCAGAGGUUCCGCUCUGUGCUGGUGGAGGCAACGGUCAAGCUGGACGAGCUGGUGAAGAGAAUCGGCAAAGCCGUGGACGACUCGAAGCCGUACUGGGAGGCCCGCAGGGUGGCGAGGCAGGCUCAGCUGGAGGCCCAGAAGGCCACGCAGGACUUCCAGAGGGCCACGGAGGUGCUCCGUGCGGCCAAGGAGACCAUCUCCCUGGCUGAGCAGCGGCUGCUGGAGGACGACAAGCGGCAGUUCGACUCGGCGUGGCAGGAGAUGCUGAACCACGCCACCCAGAGGGUCAUGGAGGCGGAGCAGACGAAGACCAGAAGCGAGCUGGUGCACAAGGAGACGGCAGCCCGGUACAACGCCGCCAUGGGCCGCAUGCGGCAGCUGGAGAGGAAGCUCCGGAGGGCCAUCAACAAGUCCAAGCCUUACUUUGAACUCAAGGCCAAGUACUACGUGCAGCUCGAGCAACUGAAGAAGACGGUGGACGACUUGCAGGCCAGGCUGACCCUGGCCAAGGGCGAGUACAGGACGGCCCUGAAGAACCUGGAGACGAUCUCGGACGAGAUCCACGAGCGGCGCCGCUCCAGCGCCAUGGGGCCACGGGGCCGUGGGGUUGGGGCCGAGGGCAGCACGUCUGCGGAGGGCCUGUCGGGGGGCAAGCCGGAGCCCGACGCCAUUUCCGUGGCCUCGGAAGCCUUUGAAGAUGACAACUGUGGCAACUUUGUGUCUGAAGAUGACUCAGAAACCCAGUCUGUCUCCAGCUUCAGUUCAGGCCCGACCAGCCCGUCGGAGAUGCCCGACCAGCUCCCUGUGGUCACGAGGCCUGGCAGCCUGGACCUGCCCAGCCCUGUGUCCCUGUCGGAGUUCGGGAUCCCAUUCCCGGUGCUGGGCCCACGGAGCGAAUGCAGUGGGGCCUCGUCCCCAGAGUGCGAGGUGGAGCGAGGAGACAGGGCAGAAGGGGCAGAGAAUAAAACGAGUGACAAAGCCAAUAGCCGGGGUCCCGGCGGCGGCGGGGGUAAGAGCCACAGCAGCAACCCCCCGGAAGGCCAGGCCUUGGAGAGCCGGAUGAAGCAGCUGUCCCUCCAGUGCUCCAAGGGCAGAGAUGGGAGUAUCGCCGACAUAAAACUGGUCCAGAUCGGCUGACCACCCAGGGCUGGCCCGUGCACGUUAACAUCUACCCGCCAGACUGGACAGCACUGUGCCCGUAGCCCCGAGCACAGCCAGACCCAAGCGUUCGCUCUAAACUGCACGAACGGAGCUCGUGACCUCGAGGGCUGAGGACUUCUCUGGCAGAGCUCUUCGGGCUGGUUUUUUGGGGGCGGAGGAGCUGCUGCAGGUAGCCGUGCCCAGGUCACGGCCUGCGGGAGCCUCCCUGGACGGCACGGUCAGCAGUUUCGGGCAGUGUGGGCCGGGCCGGGGCGGGGCAAGGCUCAGCCCUGCGGGGCAGGACCUCGCUGCCCGUUCCCUGUCCUUGUCCUCACUCUGGGAGAAACGGGAGAUGUUCUCUCCAAUAAUGGAAUAAUUUAAGUCCCAGGGUACUCAAAUGAAAAACAAACCAAACCUACACACAGAUCAAAAAUGCAAGUAUUCAGAGCACACCGUAUCGACCCACUGAAGGCUCCAGAAAAAAAAAAAUCCAAGAAUAACUGACCACCACCACCUUCGGGUUCAGAGGGGCCUUUAUGAAGUGUGUGCUGAACCCCCUUAGGUCGCGUUCUCGGAAGGGCUCCAUCAACUGCACUUUCUGGGGUGGGACAGGUGAAUGCCAGUGUAGGGAUGGGGGGGUGGAGGGUAGCUGGGAUGGAAUGUAGGGGGUCGGUGGCUGUGGGGGAGGGUUCUGGGAGGGAAUGAGGGAAACCUAACCCUGCCAGCCAAGGGGGACUACUCUAGAAGUGCAUGCGAAGAUUGGUUACCAUUGCUGUUAGAUUGACAAGGUGUUAAUUUCGUAGGCUCUAACUUUAAAAACCAGUGAACUGAUUUAAGGCUUAUGCUGCCCUGGCAUCCUGUGAAACCCGCCCUUAGUGAGGAAGGGGAGGCGUCUUGGCCAAGGCCCAUAAACAGAUGCCCGGGGUCUGCCAAGCUGGUAGCUGUCCCUCUGGACGGCGUUUCUUCAGUGUGUCCAUGGUUCUGCAUAUUUAGAGAACUCUAUUUUAUGUGUCCUGUUUUGUUAAGAACGAACGAACGAACCCUCUCAUGCCGCUAAGUGUCACGGCCUGCACGCUGUCGUCGUCUGGCCCUCUUCACACCGGGGUCUGUCUCCUUUGACGGACGGACUCGUGCCCUGAUUACGAGGUUAUUUUGUACUUGUCUUAAUACCUGACUGUAAUAAACGGCUUAAGAAGA